AAAACAUAAUAAAUUAAAGAUACAGAGUGAGGAAGUGUGUGUGUGGUGAGAGACUAAAGAGGGAUAAAAAUGGAGACUGCCAUUUGCGGUCGACUCGCUCCUUCUCCUAAUCGUCGUCUUCUUCAUUCCCAUCCAGGGGACAGAUACUUGAUUCAUAAACAAACUACAAAAUGGAUCACGGCUAUGACGAUGGCACCUCCACGCCUCGAAAAGGGUGCCGGGGUCCUUGAUAAACCCAUUAUAGAAAAAACUACUCCUGGCCGAGAGUCCGAGUUUGACUUAAAAAAAUCAAGGAAAAUGGCUCCACCGUAUCGUGUCAUGUUACACAAUGACAACUAUAACAAGAGGGAGUACGUCGUGCAGGUGUUGAUGAAGGUUAUACCCGGAAUGACUGUUGAUAACGCGGUUAAUAUUAUGCAAGAGGCGCAUAUCAAUGGAUUGUCUGUGGUGAUUGUCUGUGGACAGCCAGAUGCUGAAGAGCAUUGUACACAGCUGAGAGGUAAUGGGCUUCUAAGUUCGAUUGAGCCUGAUGGCGGAGGUUGUUAGAAAAUGUAAGAUAUAGCUCUCAAGUACAUGGUUCUCGAGUAACUAUGAUGGUUGUCGUUUGUAAGUACUAGGAUUAUGAUGAUAUGUCAAUAAUUAAAAGAACACAUAUAAUGAAUGAUAUGCAACAUGAUUACCAGACGAUAUCUCAAUGUUGGGUCAGACUACAAAAGAUGUAUAGUGUACUUUGUUGUGUUGAUGGUGUGUUUUCUGUCAUCACUUAUGACCAGUAAAUAUAUUGCCAUUAUCUAGUA